GUGUAGGGAAAGAGAAAAGGCAGAAAAGUAAAAGUUGAAAUGAAAAUGGUGCAAACCACUGCAGAUGGCAGCAUGGACUACAAGGAGCGACUGAUAGCGAGCGUUAAGAAGGAGGUUAAACAGCUUAUGGAGGAGGCGGUGACCAAGAAAUAUGUACACGAGGAGAGCAGCUCGGUGACCUCGCUGUGCGGUGCUGUUGAGGCAUGUCUCAGUCAAGGAUUACGACGCCGGGCAUUGGGUCUAUUUAAGACCUCAUCGACUACGGCAUUACUGCACAAGAUAGCUAAAAUGUGCCCUGAAGCGGAGCACAUAAGCAAAAUGGUACAACAAAUCGAGGCAAAUGAUCCGAAUAAGCGUUCCUCAUCGAGCAGUGAAAGCUUCAAUAGGCCACCCAUGCUGAAGAAGAGCAGUAGCAAUUCCAUGUCUACUAGCUCCGCCACCACGGGAGUGGGAACGGGGGCGACAGUAACCACUACAUCCACUACAUCGGUCUCAAUUAGUGCCAGCAAUUCGAGUUUAUCCUUGGCUGGCAUGAAAUAUCUGUGGAUACGUCUGGCUCUUUAUGAGAAGCGUCUGACCAAGAUCAUUGAGUAUCUGGUGAGCAAUGCCAGCAGCUAUUAUGAUCGCGACUCAUUGGUGGCCGAUCCCGAUUAUGGUUCCAUAUUGAGCUCCCUGCUAGUGGGUCCUUGUGCUCUGGAAUUCACACGUGCCAAGACGGCCGAUCAUUAUUGGACAGAUCCACAUGCGGAUGAGUUGGUGCAACGUCAUCGCAUUAGCUCCUGUCGCCGCUCCUCUUCGACCUGCUCCCGACCGCCGAUAAUCAAUUUUAAGCGCAGUCUCAACACCAGCUCCGAUGAGGCCAGCAGCUGUUCGUUCAAAUCAAUGGCCUCGGUAUCGGUGGCCAAGGAUUAUGUCGAGUCACUGCAUCAGAAUGCCAAGGCCACUCUGCUCUAUGGCAAGAAUAAUGUACAUGUUCUGCCCAAAGAUGUGGCCGAGCCAAUGCCGGGUUAUUUGAGUCUGCAUCAGCACAUACAAACCUUGACAAUCAAAUGGACUCCGAAUCAAUUGAUGAACGGUUACAACGAAUCCCAACAGCAGCAGCAGCAGCAGCAGCAGCACCAGCAGCAAUCCCAGCAAUCCCAGGAGGAGCUGGAUGACAUCGAUAAGGAUGCAUUUUGGGCAUAUGCCCUCAAUAUCAAUGUCGAUGACAUUGUCUAUGUGCAUUGCCAUCAAAGUCGGGGCGAGGACAGCGGCGGAACGGUCAUCUUGGUGGGUCAGGAUGGUGUCCAAAGGCCACCCAUACAUUUUCCCGAAGGUGGCCACAUGCAGCAGUUCUUGAGUUGCCUGGAGACGGGUCUGUUGCCACAUGGCCAACUGGACCCACCGCUGUGGUCACAGCGUGGCAUUGGCAAGAUGUUCCUUUGGCCAAAGAGUAUGCGGCGACGCAUAUUGCCAUCGGUUAUGGAAUCCGUGGACGAGACACCCAUCGAUUAUGUCUUUCGCAUUGUGAGCAAGAGUCGUCACGAGGAAUUUGCUGCCACCCAUUCCAUACUCGAUUUCGUGCGCAGCACUCCGCGUCGCGCUCAACUGAGCAGCUGUUCGACAACUGGCAGCAGUGACUGUUCGAACAAGAGCCUCUCGAUCGAUCAAUAUCCCUUGGAGUCGCCGCAUUUGCUGCAACAGCAGCAUGCCCAGAACACUAGCAUCGAGAUGGUCUGCUCUACCAUGCGUCGCCAGAUAAUAUCGCGAGCCUUUUACGGCUGGUUGGCCUAUUGUCGUCAUCUAUCCACAGUGCGUACCCACUUGUCGGGCCUGGUGCACGGCCGUAUCACACCAGAAAUGAAAGCCGAUGAGGAGGGCCUGACCAAAGAGCGCUGGCUCCAAUUGAAUGCGAAUGGGAUUUUGGAAAAUGCUACCGAAUUCUAUCGCCUGGUUUACUUUGGCGGUGUCCAGCCGGAGUUGCGUCAAGAGGUGUGGCCCUAUCUGUUGGGCCACUAUGCCUUCGGUUCGACCGCCGAGGAGCGCCAGAAGCAGGAUGAGACCUGCAAGCACUACUACGAGACAACCAUGAGUGAAUGGCUGGCAGUGGAUGCCAUUGUCCAGCAGAGGGAAAAGGAGAAAACAGCCAGGGCAGUGGCCAAACUCAGUUCGGGCAGUAAUAGUGGCAAUGAGAGAACUGUACGAGCAGCGGAUGUCGAUGGCAUUGGCAGUGGGCCAGGUGGGGAACUGGAGAAUGAAGUAUUUGAGGAUAUAUCGGAUAUAUCAGAUCCCGGAGAUCUUGAAUUCGACGAUGAGCAGCAACAGCAACAGCAACAACAGAAACAACAACAAAAGGAACUGCUAGCGCAGCAGCAACAACAGGAGAAUCCAAUUAGCUCAAUGCAUUUGAGUGUGAAGCCCAUCCCCAGAGCCAUGAAAACGAGCACAGAUUCGGGUCAUGUGGACGAGGGUGAAGGUUUGGAUGAUUUGGAUCUGGAUGAGGAGACGCAACCGCCUCCCCUACCCAGGCAGCAGGACAAGGAACAGCCACCCAGUUGCUCAACAUCGUCAUCCUAUGAGACAGUGGGCGGAGGAUUACCGGGUGCACCUCCAGUUGCCAGUAUCUUGAGUCCCGAAUAUCUAAGUGCAGAUGAUUUGCCAUCUCAGUUGGCCGAAGACGACAACGAGACCGAAACUGAGGCCAAAGUCGUCAUCAUAACCAAUGCCUCUGUGGACUUGGCCACCAAUUGGGUUGAUCGUGGUCCUAAAGCGCCAUCGACAAGUGACCAAAUAUUGCCUCCUCUCGCCGAACAACCUCCAGCCGAGGGAGGCAAUCUGGAUGCACCCAAAUCAGCUUGCGCCUCACCAGCUAGCUCCAAUGGUGGUGUCUAUAGUAGCGAACUGUUGGAACAAUUUGGCCUCAAUUUGCAUCGCAUCGAGAAGGAUGUGCAGCGUUGUGAUCGCAAUUAUUGGUAUUUUGCCAACGAGAAUCUCGACAAGCUGCGAAACGUCAUCUCCACCUAUGUGUGGGAGCAUCUGGAUGUGGGUUAUAUGCAGGGCAUGUGUGAUCUCGUUGCCCCCCUCCUAGUCAUCUUCGAUGAUGAGGCAAUGAGCUACAGUUGCUUCUGUAAGCUCAUGGAGCGUAUGAUUGAGAAUUUUCCCAGUGGUGGUGCCAUGGAUAUGCAUUUUGCCAAUAUGCGCUCUCUAAUACAAAUUCUCGACUCGGAAAUGUAUGAUCUGAUGGACUCGAAUGGCGAUUAUACGCAUUUCUAUUUCUGCUAUCGCUGGUUCCUAUUGGACUUUAAGCGCGAAUUGGUCUACGAUGAUGUCUUUGCCACCUGGGAGGUAAUUUGGGCAGCCAAACACAUAGCCUCGGCCAAUUUUGUUCUAUUCCUGGCAUUGGCUCUAUUGGAAACCUAUCGCGAUAUAAUUCUAUCGAAUAGCAUGGACUUUACCGAUGUCAUUAAGUUUUUCAAUGAAAUGGCCGAACGUCAUAAUGCCCAGGCCGUGUUACAAUUGGCAAGGAGUUUGGUGCUGCAAUUGCAAAUGAUCAUAGAAAAUAAAUAGACAAUGGACAAUUUUGAUUUGCCAAAUGAAGCAGAAUGAAAUGAUAAGGAGGAAUAGUUAAAAUAAAACACAAAGCAUACAAUAAAUAGUAAAAUAGUUACAUUUAUUCAAUAUCU